AUGUCGGGCCUCUUCAAGCAAAGCGUGAAUGGAGCCGCACCACCAAAUGAGCAUCUCAGACCGCCGCCUAUGCCGAUAGCAACGCCGCAACACGGCGACGUUGACGACUAUCCGUCAUCAGAUUCGUCGGCCUCAUCAGCAGCCACCGUGGACACGAUAAGGCCAUCUUCACGUGAGCAAGCGGCUCCUGCGACACACUGGACCAACUUCUUCGAUCAGGAGUUGUAUCUCGAAGAGGUGACUGGCGAGCAGAAGGCUGUCUAUCAUGCCUAUCUCACCUUGCCGAUAGAUCUCAAGAAGGACCCUCUGUUCAUCUGUCAUCAUGGAGCUGGUGCAUCAGGGCUAUCCUUUGCUAUCUUUGCACAACAAAUUCGAGCGAGGCUACCAACAGCGGGCAUACUGAGUCUGGAAGCUCGUGCUCAUGGCUCUGUCGUGACUAACAUGGAGACACAAGAAGAGGUCAUCGACUACAGUCUCGCGACAAUGACUAAUGAUGCUGUCUCCAUGAUCAAACUCACAGCCUCUACCCUAGGAUGGGAUUCCCUUCCUCCAACAGUGUUACUCGGACACAGUCUCGGCGGCGCGAUAGUGACGACGCUGGCCACCGACCACUUCAAAGUCUUCGGUAGUUCCUUCAUUGGGUACAGUGUGAUAGACGUCGUCGAAGGCUCUGCGAUAGAGGCGUUGGGCCACAUGAAGACGUACCUAUCCUCUCGACCCAGCAUGUUCUCUAGCAUCGAGGACGCAGUGACCUGGCACAUCCGAAGCAGGUCCAUUCGAGAUCACCCAAGCGCAGAAGCCUCAGUCCCGAGUCUGCUUAUACCUUCGCCCUCCGGCAAUGGCAAACUCAUAUGGAGAACGAACCUAGACGCCACAAAUCCUUGGUGGGAAGAGUGGUUCACUGGCAUGUCAAAGAAGUUCCUCUCUGGUAGAGGCGCGAAGCAACUCAUCCUGGCUGGUACUGAUCGACUCGACAAAGAUUUGAUGAUUGGUCAGAUGCAGGGCAAGUUCCAGCUGGUGGUCAUCCCAGAAGCUGGCCACUUCGUUCAGGAGGAUGUCCCAGAGAAGACAGCAAAUCUGCUCAUCGAGUUCUUCAAGCGCAACGACAGGAGCCAGAUGGUACUCCCGCCGAAAGUGAGCGACCUCAUAGCACAAGGGAAGAAGGUCUAG